AAAAAAAAAAAAAAAAAAAAAGUCGGAUUUUUUUUUUUCUCAAAAAAUAUAAACUAGAAACGUCAGAUCCUUUCAGUCUGGUUUUCUCUUGUUUUUCAAAACUCUUUGAUCGUAUGUCAUCAGCAUACGGGCAAGUCAAAAAGGGAUCGCUCAAGUUCAAAGGAGGCGAUUCCUCUGUAAAGAAAAAGAAGAAGAAGUCAAAAUCAAGUAAAGAGAAAUUAGAAAAAGCUCUGCGUGAGGGCUCUGAAGAGUUCAAAACGGUAUAUCAAGAAGUCGAAAAAACUGAAGCCGAGCGUAAAUUUGAAGAAACACAACGACGAAGACAAAUGGAGAGAGUUUAUAAGGCAGCUACUAAAUCACAUAAAGACAGGGUACAAGAAUUCAACCAAAAGCUAGAAAACUUAAGCGAGCAUCACGACAUCCCUAAAGUCGGUCCAGGCUAACAUUAGAAGUUCUCGUUAUAUACCACUGCUGUUAUUUGUUAAAGCGAUAAGAAUAAAGGUUUUAAUAGUCGUAAACGCUUUUCUGCUUAUAUUGAAGAGAAAGCUUCAGCAAUUUAGAUUGACGAAGGUUAGAAGCUGAAAUUCACCAUGGUAAAUCUAAUAAAAAUGGGUUAUUUGAAAUGGGAAGACCGGUGAACGCUGUAUUUUACUUUUUUCAAUGACUUCAGAGAUUUUUGUUCAGACAGAAAAGGGAGGAGCGAAAACUAAAAUAAUCAUGAAUAAUGAACGCACAGUUUAAGGAAGAGUUAACAGCUGCUUUGAUCAUCCAUUUGAUUGCUAUUCUUAGUUCCGUAUAAUGAAAACUUAGAUCUCAUCACUCUCAACUCUCUAACAGAGGACAUGCAUUUCAUUAUCAUAGUUUAUCCUUCAUAAAUAAGGUCAAAUAGAUAUUGGGGACUAUAG